AUGACAUCUUCACUGGAGGUUAAAAGUGGUCACCUACAGAAUGACGAUGCUCAGCUGGCAGCUCUCGGCCACAAGCCAGAGCUAAAGCGCCAGUAUUCAAUGUGUUCAAUGCUAGGAUUGGCAUUUGCAGUACUUAAUUCAUGGACAGCUCUUGCUGCGAGCUUGUCGAUCAGUAUCACGUCUGGAGGGAGCACAAGUGUAAUCUGGGGAUUGGUCACCGCCGGACUGUGCAACUUGUGCAUUGCUACUUCACUGGCUGAGUUCCUCUCUGCAUAUCCCACCGCCGGUGGUCAAUAUCACUGGGUUGCCGUUAUCGCCUGGCCCGAGUGGGUUCCUCUACUUUCUUGGAUUACCGGCUGGAUCAAUGUCGCUGGCUGGGUUGCCCUCGUUGCGACCAAUUCCUUGCUUUCGAGUCAACUCGUUGUCGGCUGUAUCUCGGCUAUGCACACUGGCUAUGUCGCUGAGCGGUGGCACCAAUUCCUCAUCUACGUCGGAUUGACUCUUGGCGCCUUUGUGAUCAACGCCUUUGGAAAUUCCAUUCUGCCGCUGAUCUAUCGUGGUGCUUUCACCUGGUCAAUUGGCGGAUUCGCUCUCGUGUCAAUCACUGUUUUGGCGUGCGCGUCGCCUAAUUUCAAUUCCGCUUACUUUGUGUUUUGCAACUUUGUCAAUACUACGGGGUGGCCUGAUGGGGUUGCUUGGCUGUUGGGCUUGCUGCAGGGAGGACUUGGCGUCACGGCUUUCGAUGCGGUUGUUCAUAUGAUUGAAGAGGUGCCGAAUCCAUCGAUCGAGGGGCCCAAGAUCAUGGUCUCUUGUGUUGGUAUUGGAACUUUUACAGGAUCGAUCUUUUUGAUUGUCCUGCUUUUUGUGGCCGGUAACAUGGACCAAGUCACCACGUCCGCUGCCGGUCCUCUGCUGCAGAUUCUCAUGGAUGCGACCAAAAACACCGCCGGUGCAAUCUGCCUGCUCAUGCUUCCUCUGGUUUGCUUGAUCAUGGCGAUUCUAAGUGUAAUGACCACUAGCAGCCGGAUGAUAUUUGCUUUUGCACGGGACGGCGGUCUUCCUGCAUCACGAUUCUUUGCCAAAGUCCACCCCAGCCUUCAGCUACCACUCAAUGCCUUGAUGCUGACCGUUGUUGUGGUCAUCAUCUUUGGCUGUAUCUUCCUCGGAUCAUCCAGCGCUUUCAAUGCAAUCAUUUCCGCUGCGGUGGUGUCACUGGACCUUUCCUACGCAAUGCCCAUCCUCGUCAAUUGUUUGCAAGGUCGCCGCGCCUUGCCGGAGAGAAAGUGGAAAGUUUCCAGCACCAUCGGCUGGAUCAUCGACAUGCUAAAGGAAGUUGGGGAAAAGGUAUCACUGGCAUACAUCGCUCUGACGACCGUUCUGUUUGUCUUUCCGCCCUCCAGCACAGUGACUGGCAGUAGCAUGAACUACGCCGUGGCUGCGUUUGCCGUGAUCAUCAUCAUUUCGGUCUUUCAGUGGUUCGUCGACGGACGCAAGAACUUUACGGGGCCGCGUGUGGACAUCACCGUGGAUGCCCUGGACGGGACGACUGUCCCGGCGAUGGAAACGAUAGAUCGUUCCAAAUCUGCGCACGUGUAG